UGCAAAUUCAAAUCCAAAAGGAGAUCUCGUUGUUUGUAAAAUUUCCAAUUUUCUGCAUUUUUCAAUAUCAAGAGAUGGAUUUUCGAUUCGAUAUCAACAGUAUUUUGCCAAAUAAAAUUAACAAAAUAACUCAUACUCUCAUACCUGAGAAUUUCAAAGGAAAUCGUAGGGAAUAUAAUGACUGUCAGCGAUUACUUACUACAAUAUUGGACGAGAUGGGUGAAGCUUCUGCCAAAGCACAAGGCCUCAAUAGAACUAUUACGAGUGCAGUAAAACUUCGAGAUACAGAUCAUAUCAUUUAUUUAAUGGUUGAGGAUAAAGGAAAUAAUGGUCUCGGUAGUAUCGUUGGCCUUUUAAAAACAGGCUCUAAAAGUUUAUUUAUGUUCGAUGAAAAUGGUCUUCAUUAUCAGCUUAAACCACGAUGUAUUCUAGACUUUUAUAUUCAUGAAUCUCGACAACGUAUGGGUUUGGGAAAUGAACUCUAUCAAUACAUGCUUUCUGAUGAAAAUUUGAAACCUAUUAAAUUGGCAAUAGACCGCCCAUCGGAUAAAUUUUUAGCGUUUCUUAAGAAGCAUUAUGGACUUACAUCAAUAAUACCACAAAAUAAUAAAUUUGUUGUGUUUAAAGGUUUCUUCGACGAUGAAUUUGAGGAUCCGAAAAAAGCCGGUAAAUAUACAUGUUUGGCAUCACUCAAUAAGCAAUCUACCGAAUAUAAUAUACACUCAAAUAAUUUUGUGGAUGUUCAUUCAUCGAAGCCGAGUAUUAAUGGAACGCCAAUAACACGAAGUGCAUAUGGCCGAUAUGCCGCAUCCCGUCCACCCUGUUCCAUGGCGAAUAUCAUACACAAUACCGCAGCAAACGAACAAUCUACAGAGCCAAUGAGGUAUAAUAAAAUGUAUAGACCAUCGGCUACAGAAAUAAAAAUGGAGUUAUUCGAACGUCCAGACAGUCUAAAUCUUUAUGCUAAAGAAGACGAGAAGCAAAUAGUUGACAACGAUAUCAGAGGCAUUAAUAGUGGUAGUAUAGUAAACGAACAAAUGGCACCAAUAGAACAACUUUCGUUGAAAGAUUUUCAGAAUACAACUUCACAGGUUAUCGACAAACCGGAUUUAUUACAUGAUGAAAUUUCAGGAAAUACUAUAUCAAACGAUAAGUAUUUGCAAAGUGAAAUAACGAAUCAAAAUAAAUCUGCAUCGCCAUCGUGCUCUCAAGAAAUUAUUGAAAAUCAACAGCCGUCAACUGGCCAUCUUGAUCUUAAAUUUUAUCAUUCCCCCUUAUGGUAACUAAAUAUUUAAAUAUAGUCGUCACUUUUAACGG